GGCGCGAUGGCGGACGAUGCUUUCAGCUUGCGGGAGGUUCUCGCCGCUUUCCAGACCUGCGUGACGGAUCGGCGGGAGGUGCUGCUGAGCCCCUACCUGUGCGGCUGGCGGGGGCUCAUCCGGUUCCUGCACCGCCUGGGAGCCAUCUUCUCCUUCGUCUCCAAGGACGCCGUGGCCAAGGUGCAGAUCAUGGAGAGCUACUGCGGCGGCGAGCAGCGGGAGAAGUACGUCUCGCUGCAGUCCAUGGUGGAGUAUGAGCUGGCCAACGGGCUGGUGGACUUGCAGAAGCGGUCUGGCCACCCUGACUCCGGGUGCCGCACCGUCCUCCGCCUCCACAGGGCCCUGCGCUGGCUGCAGCUCUUCCUGGAGGGGCUGAGGACGGGCCAGGAGGACUCACGGACGUCUGUCAUCUGCACGGACUCCUACAACGCAUCCCUGGCCGCCUUCCACCCCUGGGUUAUUCGCAAGGCUGCCACGGUGGCCUUCUGUGCCCUGCCGCCCCGAAACGCCUUCCUGGAGAUCAUGAACGUGGGGACACCCGAGGAAGCUGUCACCAUGCUGGGCGAGGCUCUGCCCUACAUCUGCAACGUCUACAGCAUCACCCAGGAGCUCUUUGCCCAGCAUCAGCUGCUUGACCUUCCUUGACAGGAGGGAUGCUAAAGAGAUGAAGGAUGAACCAGGUGCAGACUGGUUCCUGGAGCAUCAGGCUCUGGGUCCUUGGUCACUCUCCCUUUCCCUGCAGGGAGCUGACACACUGGCAAAGCUAUCCAGGAUGCCUCACUUCAUAAGGGAAAAGCCUGUACCUGUUUUGUAUUUAUGGGUAGCUGCCUGUAUGUGCAGAGCUUUGGCUCUGCAGUAAGAGGCACUACUCUUAGUGUGCUUAAGGGAUUCCUUUUUUUCCUGCCUGGACUCACCUUCUGCUCCCCAGCCAGCCUGGGGAGGGAGGGGGGAGCUUGAUUUCUCUUCUUUUAAGCCAAACUGCAACUUGAGCAGCCAUACACCAAUAGCCAGGACCUGUGUGACAGCACAGCUUUGGGAUGUGGUGCCUGAACACACCUACCCCUGAGCUCACGUGGCCACUUUUGUUUACAGCCUCUUCCCUGGAACAGACCCAGGGGGUUUCACCCUCUGUUAGGCUUUAACUUUUCAGAGACAGUCCUGAGGAAGGAGUUUCUGAAGGGCAGCUCUGCAGCUUGCACUCACAGCCUCCAUGGCUGCUGCUAAUCCUUAGCAUUCAAGGAGGA